AAAACAUAAAAGGUAAAACGAACUAGCAGAGUAGCAGGAAAGACGAAAGAGGAUGGCAGCGAAAGAAGCAAAAAAAGCAUUAUACGACUCUCUGAAGCAGAAUCACUUGUAGAUAGUAUGCCUAUGAAGCCAGACACUGUGAUCUUGGAUUCUCUCCUUGCUGCUUGUAGAAAUAACAAGAACACAAAUCUUGGCCAGAAAAUUGCAGAGAGGCUAUUUCGGAUGGGUACGAAAAAAUCCGGAGCAUAUGUGUUGCUAUCAAACAUAUAUGCUUCCCCAGGCAUGUGGGAGGAAGUCGGUAACAUACGAAGCACAAUGCUGAAACGGGGAGUGAAUAAAGAGCUAGGUUAUAGCUGGAUCUAUAUCAAAGGAAAACUGCAUUCUUUCCUUGCAGGCAAUAAGAGGAUGAUGGAAGAACAGUUCACAGAAGAUUGUUUGAAAUACGUGCUGAGUAGUAUGUUUGAAAUAAGUGUUAGGUGAUUUUAGUGUCACCGGCCGUUUUGUGUAAUUGGAAAUGACAUGAGUGCCAAUGGGAAUUAGAACUAUGAUCUAAUACAAGUUAGUAGGUGUGGAGUGCACACUUGUAUAUAAGAACUAGUUUAGUUCCAAAGUGUCUACGCUAGUGGAACUCGAGGUAGAACUCGAGGUAUAACUUUCAGUAGACCAGCUCUGUGGUUCUAGACCGAGUUCUAGAACGGUUAGGCAGUUUCCAGCAGUUUCCCAAAAAACUGAUGCGGUU